UCGAACGCGGCGUUGGUUUGGUUCGUGUGACCUUUUCCGGCGGUAUCAAUGGAAGCUACGCGUACUUCCAAUAGGAGUUUACCGAUCCGGGUGGAGAACCCCUUCUCCCUCAAGGUUGCGCAGGUCUUCACGGGGUUCGGCAUAGGCUGCGGGGUCGGCAUCGGCAUCGGGCGACCCAUAUAUCUAGGUGCAAUACCAGCAGUUCAGCAAGUCUUGACUGCUGCUAGAGGUGCCACUGAUGCUUUUUCUGGUGUUGGCAGACAUGUUAAUGGUUCUCUGAAGAAAUUGGGAUUGAAGAACAUCGAAGUUGGUAUCGGAUGUGGGGUGGGUAUAGGCCAUGGUUUUGGUGUAGGAAUUGCCUUGAAGCCUGGUGUGGUUAACCGGAUCCAGAAUUGUUUUGGGGAAGUCAUGGGGAAGAUCAUGAUGAAUCUAGGAAGUAUACCUGGCUUAUCUUCUGUCCAAGGUAUCAUCCCAAGUCCUGGUCAAAACAGCAUCAAUCUGCUAAAUGGAACUCCUGUUGGAAAUGCACAAGUCAGCACCCUUAGAUAUUCAACGCAUGAUGAAAGACCUGCUGAAGAAGCUACUAAUAUUUCUCACGCAUCAAAAGCAACACUAUCAGAAAAGUCAGUUACAAAUCGAACUGAAAAAGUUAUCAACAAUUUCAUGCAGGAUCCACUUUUCAAGGAUGCUGAGGUCAAACUUAGUGAAGUGGCUGGAGAUUUGCGCUUAGAAAAUAAUGUACUUCAAAUACUGCUGAAGCACCAGCAAGUUAUCGAAGAAUUGAUCGAGGAGAACCAGAUCCUACGACAAAUACUUGCGGAGGACUUUAAAGUUCCAUUGUCCAAGCUUCAAGCCAAGAAAGACAAUAGAAGAAAAGCUUAUUACCCAUGUUCUGACUGUUUCGAGUGCCGUAGAAGAAGAAGAUCAGCAAGAUAACAUUCACCACACUGUCGUAAUGUCAGCAUGCAUCUGUUGCCCAUUCUGGUGUCAUGGUCCCGCCAGUCUCAAGUUGUUUUGCUGUAGGCUGUUCCGAUCAUCGUAAGCCAGAAAGAUGUGCAUUAAUUACUUAGAUUCAUCAGGUUUUGACUAGUUAUGGCUGAAUUGAGUGACAGUAACAAGUCAUCAAAAAUAUGCAAUGGCUUGCUGUUUCACAUAAACCUGUUGAAAACGAGUGCCACUUUCUAUGGUCAGGGUCAUGAGAAUAGCAUGUUUAAAGAUUGCAUUAUAAUGAUGGACACAUCUCAUCUCA